AUAAUGACUUUCUAAAACCAGCACACCUGGUUGCCUGUAGUUCCCUCUGUGCCCACUAGGUGUCAGUGUGGCGCCGCCCUGCAGCUCUGAGUGGACAGGUUGCAUCUUUGCACCUUUUCCACUUUGCUUCAUAACUGUAACUGCCCUCGCGCUGGUUGGAGCUCGUGAUACCCCUCCCUAAAAAGUGCCACAACGAGCCAGGCUCCGUCAUAUUAUCAAAUAUCAACGAGCUGGUGGAAAAUGAGGACCGUGUUACCUGAUUCAGGGGUUGCUGGUUGAGAGGAGAAAAAAAAACGCGAAGAAGUGAGUGAGCGUCGUGGGAGGGCGGGCCACCUGUGACGGCACAUGAGUGGAGAGGAGGCUCGGUGUUAGAGCUGUGUGUCUGUCAGUGGCUGUCUGUCUGUUUCAGAGUGUGUUUCGGCGUUCAAAGUCCACUUGGAUUAUCUGUAGCUCAAGGAAACGUACAUAUCUUUCUCUUCGAGGAAUUUGUACGUGAUUCAGGUUCCUUUGGUCCUCGCUACAGCACGGUAAAAGAGGCCGCCUGCCUGCCAGUACCAGCGAGUGGGUGUGUGUGGGAGUUGUAGGGUGAAUAUGUUUGUGUGAGUGUCUCUGUGUGUUUAUACAACCUGGUGUGGAGUGUGUGUCCCAUGAGACGCUCUGUGGAGAUGCAGGGAGCUCGAUCCUCUGCGGUGCAGUUCCUGCUUCUGAGCUGUUGUGUGUGUGCGGCAGCCGGCUACCCGUUCAGGACGCCCCUGGACCUGGAUGUGACUCCACGCGUCACUGUGUUGAGCAGCGGUCUCCAGGGCUGCAGACGUUUCCAGUCCUCUGCAGUCAACUACAGCACCAUGUUGCUGGAGGCUGACAGUGAACGCCUGUAUGUCGGGGCCCGGGGGGCUGUAUUCGCUCUCAAUGCCUCUGACAUUUCAGCCAGCUCUGCUCUCACUAUUGAGUGGGAAGCCUCCCCCGAGCAAAAGCGUCAGUGUCUGCUCAAGGGAAAAGACAAUAAGACGGAGUGUUUUAAUCACAUCCGCUUCCUCCAGAGGUUCAACUCAACUCAUCUCUACAUGUGUGGGACUCAUGCCUUCAGUCCCCUCUGUGCAUACAUAGAUGAGGAGAGGUUUGUGAUGUCAUCUCGGCCUGAAGAGGGUAGAGACAAAUGUCCUUACGGCCCGACAACAGGCUACACAGGCCUUAUCAUUGACAAGCAGAUGUAUACAGCUUCCCAGUACGAGUUUAGGAGCUUUCCAGAUAUCCGCCGCAACUCUCCGUCCCCCACACUGAAGACAGAAGAUGCCCCCACACGCUGGCUGAACGAGGCGGACUUUGUGGGCUCGGCGCUGGUGAGGGAGAGUUUGGGCAGCAGCACCGGCGAUGAUGAUAAGAUCUACUACUUCUUCACUGAGAAGAGCCAGGAGCAGACGACAACCUACAGCCACAGCCGGGUGGCACGAGUGGCUCGCGUUUGUAAGAGGGACCGGGGAGGCCGUUUAACUCUCCAGAAACGUUGGACGUCCUUCCUCAAGGCCCGGCUGACAUGUUCCCUGCCAGAAUAUGACUUCCACUUCAACAUGCUGCGCAGCGUGUUCGUCAUGCCUGGCCUCAUGCCACAGGACACGCUCUUCUACGGCAUCUUCGGCCUGGAGUGGAAAAACGUGAAGGCAUCUGCGGUGUGUCGGUUCUCUCUGUCUGAAGUCCAAGAGGCCUUUCAAGGACCCUACAUGGAGAACCAGGACUCCGGCUCUAAGUGGAAGGAAUACACUGGAAAGAUCCCCGACCCACGACCUGGAACGUGUGUAACGGACGCUCUGAGGGCCAGGGGCAUCAAUGUCUCCACUUCCCUGCCUGAUGAUGUGCUCAACUUUGUCAGGAGGCAUCCUCUGAUGUCCCAGCAGGUCCAGCCUUCAGACAGACGCCCCCUUUUGUUCAGGCGGACCACAGACUACACACACAUGGCCGUACACAUGAUCCAAGGCUUAGAUGGACAAACUUACCAUGUGUUGUACAUGGGCACAGAUGAAGGCUGGUUACAUAAAGCUGUAGAAAUCGAGGGUCAGCUCCACAUUAUCGAGGAGCUUCAACUAUUUCAGGAGCCUCAACCUGUUACCAACCUGCUGCUUUCUGCAAAACAGAUGAGUGUGUACGUUGGCUCUUCAUCAGGCGUGGUGCAGCUUCCCCUCUCCAACUGUCACAGAUACACCUCCUGCUAUGACUGCAUCUUUGCCAGGGACCCUCACUGUGCCUGGAGCGGAGCCCAGUGUGUGGACGUAAUGGCACAAGCAGACAGAUCCACUUUAAUCCAAGACAUCCAGCAUGGCAGCAGAGGAUGUGAAAACACUCAAGAUGACGUAAUCGUGCGGAGCCGCGCAGUGCGUGUGGGCGAUGACGUGCUGCUGCAGUGUGAGCUCAGCUCCAACCUGGCCACGCCCCUCUGGACUCUGGAUGGCAGCGAGCUGCAGGGCUACGGCCUCAACUCUGGAUUCAGAACUGGCACAGACGGUCUGCUGAUCAUUGAGGCCCGGCAGGACCAGAGUGGCCUGUACACCUGCUACGCUGUGGAGAACAAUAUCAAGGUCGCCAUGGUUUCCUACAACGUCACCAUCCGCUUGGACCUGCCCCCUCCGCCACCUGUUGAGCCAACUGAUGACCCUUACAAUUUCUUCGGCACCCUAACAGCACCCACUGAGAAUCCCUCGUCCGAGAGGCCCCUGCCACCUCCUCCUGCCCCUCUCCUCCCGCGCUCAGAGCUCCUCUCCCCCAGGAACAUGGAGGCCAUGUAUCUGUCCCUCAUCACUGUCCUCGGAGGCCUGUGUGUGGUCCUCACCGUGGUCCUUGUCUACGUGGGCUUCUGCCUGCGAGUGGGCAACAGAGGGAAGUACUCGUUACGAGCUGCAGCUUCUGCCUACCCGAACAAUAAGAGGCACAGCAGGAGCAAAAAACAGCACAGAAACUCCGCCCACAUGGAGCUGAAGACCAUCUCAAGUCAUUGUAAUGGCAACGGCAUUUGUAAUGGACUUUCAAAGCAGCACAACGGCAACAUCCAGGAUGGAGGCUUCCUCCAGAUCGUCCCCGGUGAAGGACACACAUCACCCAAUAAGGAUCUUCCUCCCCCGGCUCCUCCUCUCCCACCAACUCCUCAACAUCCCUCUCCAGAGUGUGACUUCCCCAACGGGCUGUCAGCCACGCUGCCCAGCGUCCUGAGGAGGAUGAACGGCAACAGCUACGUGCUGCUGAGGCAGAGCGAGUCUGAAAGCAUGUCGCCGUCCUGCUACUCCUUCGCAGAGGAGCUCAACAGGAUCUUAGAGAAGAGGAAACACACUCAGCUGCUGCCCAGGCCAGACGAGAGCUCCGUGUAGAAGAUGUAGCUCCCCCUGUGGUGGGAAGACUGUCGUGUUCUUACCUGGUGCUGAAGUGCCUGUCAUAUGACUCAUUAUUGUUGAGGACUAACACAAUGAGAGUCUCUUUACUUUUAGUUUUUUCUUUGAGACAUUCCUUCUUUUUUAGCUGCUUGUUAACCUUAAUUCCCAAUCUUCCCAACACAUAACAAGAUAGAAUAAGAAAUGCCAGUGAAGGAGCAUGAAACGGAAAUAAAGUGCAAUCUACCUCACCUCAGUACUGCCCAGGAGGACUUCUGCAGUCAGUCUGUAGUCCGAUCCGAGGAUCAGGGCUGAGAUCUCAGCCGCAGAAAGAUCUCUGAUCCACUAAGCACAAAGCGACACACGGACUCCACUGAGGAGCGGAGCCCCAUGGGAAUAUAAAUACAUGUGAAGACUUCUGCUGUGCAGCGGCCAUAUUUGGCUUGAUUCAAACUGGAGGGCAGCUAGCCAAAGUUUGUUUGCACUGACAAGUGCACAGAUGGCCUAUGCAUUUUUAAACAUGACAUUCACACAUUAUAUAAAUAUUGAGGGAGAUGGACGUGGGGAGCAAAGGGAACUUGGUUUGCAGUGUUUUCGUUUUUAAUGCUGACUUAAUCGAUUGCAAUAACCAACACAAGAUUAUAUACACUAACUUGGCACCAGCCCUCAAUAAUGGUGAACUAAUCUUUAUUUAAUGUUACGAUUAACAAUAAUUUAGAGAUAAGUCAAUAACCAAACAGAAGAUUUCUUAAUUAUUAAUUAGAUUGUUUUUUGAUGACUAUAAGUAAUUCAAAUAGUCAUUAUAUGUGGUUUUAAAAAUGGUAGGUUAAAUCAAUUACUUUCACAGUGAUAAUUAACAAAGUAUUGGUAAUUACCUGAUAUGCAAGUUAACUUUUUAAUUAUAUUUGGAAUAUUUGCAACUCCAAAAUUAGCAUAUACAUAAUUUGCAGCUGAGGCUCACAGUCCAUUAAAAAUGGUUAUUAAAGGUGUAGCCUUAUGUAACUUUAUUAUAAUGUUUCAACUGAUCUCUGCAAUUACUUCAAACAGGUAACAAAUCGCCAUUAAGCACACAUUUACAUACACGUUAUAUGGAUCCAUAUUAUAUACACAAUUUAUAGGAUAUCAAAGAAUAAACAAGGAAUUAAUGUUAAUUAACUUUUACAUAACUGAAGAAAUUUAAUAAGCGAUUAUUUCACCAAGUGUUAAUAUGAAGAAAACUUGACAGUAUUAUUGAAUUUGAUGCACUUUAAUGCCAGUUUUAAAGCGCUUUGGGAAAAGUAAUGGACACCAUUAUGGAAUAUGACUUUGCAACCUGUCAAGAACCAGCAGGACACAGAAGCUUUUUGAUUGGCUGUUUGUCAGCAUGAAGAGCUGCAGCAGUGACGGCUACAGCUUUGUGUGCUGGACUCGUUUGACACGAGUGGAUUAGAAGGAAAACACUGACUGUGUCUCAGCUCCACUGCUGAGUGGCACCCUGCAUGAGACUGUAACGCAGGAUGACAGACUGUGGGGCGCAGCAUUCAACAAGAGCAUGCAAGAUCUGAUGUGCUCUGGUCAGUUUGAGGUUCUCUUAAUUUCAUUCCCGGGGAUACGUCUUUCCACCAGCGUCAGAAGGCAGGACCUGCUGCAAAAUGUUCAUUUAAUGAGCAGUGAAAUGAAAUCCAGCAUCAUUAGUGGACAGCAGAGCCAGAGGAAGGAAAGAGAAGCUGGAUAAGGGCUACAACAUGAGAGCCUCUGCACCUACAGCUCUGCUUCCCCACAACUGGAAUGAAAAUUGUUAGCUGCAGGUUCUUCAGAGCAGCAGCUCUUUGUGUGCAGAGAGCGUCCUCGCCUCUGUUCGAUGCAAACUUGUUAGACCAAACUCGACGUAUGAUGACCUUUUUCUCACACUUGCUGCAUGAAUUAUGUUUUCAACACUGUUUUUUUCCUUUAAGUCAAGGAAACAACAAGGACUCAUCUUAAUAUUAAUGAAAAGUGCCAAGGUUGAUGUUCAAAAAGAGCUUUGUAAGCAUAUUUUAUCGCAAAUCCAGAAGAAAAAGACUUAAAAAGAGGCAUAUUUAUUUUGUAAUUUUUGUACAUUGUGUUUUGGAAUUUUUUUGUCAAUGUUGCUGUUUAGGUGACUUGUGACACGUCACCUGUGUUGCACAAAAUGUGAAUAUAAAAUAGAAGCACGGUAGCCAAAAAGCAUGCAAAGGCUGCACCAGCACCACAGAAUUUAAUAUUUAUGACCUACUAAUGAGAGGAAAAAUACACCAAUUUACUUUUUCACUCUAAUCUAUUAAUUAGGGAUCAUUUAGCUUUUGUCACACUGGUCUGUCUACAUAUUACUUUUGAUCUCUGUUUGCAUGUUACACCAUGCUUGUGCACACAGCAAAUUCUUUAACUAAACUAACACAAAGAAUAACAGGGCAGUGGGUUCCUUCACAUUUCAAUGAGUUCAAAUAAAACUUUGUACUUCAACCUUCUCGUCAUUAUUGU